UGAAAUCUGGCAGGCACACCCUGGCUCUGAUCCUUGACUCGGCGAUAACUCCGACAGCGAAUCGUCGAAUCGUCGUCAGCCCCUGACGGGUGCCUGGGCCCCCACCAACACCCCCGUCCCAGCAGAUCGGACCCAACAAAAAACCGUCGAUAUAACUGAAGCGGCCGCCCAGCGCGAUGCCCAUUCCGGCUGCUGACGCCGGUCCCUCGUCUUUCCUUCUCGCCAAGUGCGGCAGCACGCUCUUUUGCAUCGGCCGCAGCGUCCUUCUCUGGGCCGUCGUCAUUGUUCUUUUCUUGCUCGGCGCCUUGCGGAACCGUCUUUUCGCCGUCGUGCGCGUGCGGCGCGCUCGGGAGGGCGUCAAGAACAGCUGAGUAUAUCCGAUCGCUCAAGCUAUUCAACCUUUCAAGAUGGCCGUCGGCACGCUCUCGCUCUUCUACCCGGUGUUCCUGCCCAUGAGCGCAGCGGCCGUGGCCUUCGCGGGCCACCGCGCGCUGCAAGUCGACUGGCGGACCGCGCUGACGCACUUCUUCACGGGGCCUGGGCGCACAAGCCGCAUCCUGCUGGCCCUGUUCCUGGCGCUGAACUGGAAGAGCCUGCCCCUGGGAUGGACAGUCCGCAUCUUCCACUCGUUCAUCUACCACCUCCUGCGCCGGCCUAAGACGCUGCCGCAGCGCGCCCUCUUUCACUACAGCAUCACGGCGUCGCGCACCUCGCUGCUCGAGACGGACUACAACAUCCACAAGAGCAACUCGACCUAUUUCGCCGACCUGGACGUCAGCCGCUCGCACCUGGUGUCGCACCUGCUCGGGCCGGGGAUGCCCAUCAUCGCGCGGAACGCGCGGUACCAGCGCGUGCGCGACAAGGAGGGCCGCCUCGUGACCGGCAGCUUCGGCAUCGGGCUCGGCGCCGUCUUCUGCAGCUUCCGCCGCGAGCUCGGCCCGCUGCAGGGCUACGAGAUGUGGAGCCGCAUCCUGGCCUGGGACCGCAAGUGGCUGUACAUUGUCACGCACUUCGUCCCCAAGGGCAAGGUGCGCCCCGCCCGCUGGGACGGCCGGCGCAUGGGCCCGACCCGCGGCCGCGUGCAGCGGGCGGACGGCGCCGGCGCUGGCGGCGACAAGGUGGAGGAGGAGGACUUCAGCAAGUACGUGGCCGCCACGGCGAUCAGCAAGUACGUCUUCAAGCUCGGCCGGUUCACGGUGCACCCGGCGCUGGUGAUCGAGGCGGCCGGGCUGCUGCCGGAGCGGCCUGGCGAGGGGUGGUGCGGCGGCGAAACCGGGACCGGCACGCCCGAGGAUCUGGGCGAGCUGGAUGAGGAGGGCGAGUGGGACUGGAAGCGGGUCGAGGCCGAGCGGCGGAAGGGGCUGGAGUAUGCCGAGCACUUUGCUGCCCUGGACGCCACGAACUCGCUGUUUGACGGUGGCGCGGACGGCGCGAUUGGGAAGUUCCCGCUGGGCUGAGGGGCGCCGGGGGAGUUGCCUGCCCGUUGAGGCGGCAGUGAUGUUCGACUUAUAGAUAGACACGGGUAGAGUGGGUAGAGACAAGCCAUCGGCCUGGUUUUCGCAUCUGCAAAUACAUAUAGACAUGCAAAGUACGGAUUGUGUUUCCCAAGUUCCCUGCCGUGUUCCUGGAUCGGCCGGCUUGGCAGGGGCAGCAGCAAGUCGAUUUGCCGGGGGGUCCACCCUGCCUCGGC